GAAUAAUGUCUUACUGUUAAGGAAGAAUUUCAAUUUUAAAAACGGAACAUGAUAAAUGUAAUCUGAGUGUUCUAUAUUUUAACAGUCGAACAUUGUGAAGAUACAUGGCUCAAAUGACAAUGGUGUCGACACCAUUGUGUGAUACACACGAAGAUGUUGUCGCUGAAAUACUUUGUUUGAAUCACAGACGGCUUAUGUGCGUCACUUGUGGCUUAAAAGCAGCAAAAUUUUCAGAUUGUGAAGUUCUUGAUAUACGUCAUUUAGGCCAAAAGGAUUCGCUUUUAUUAAGAAGUUUGUCGCUAAAGCAAAGUGUUUCAAAGAAGGAACAAAAAAUUGAUGGACACGUGAAGGAGGCUGAUGAGAUGAAAAAAGUCUUAGAACAAAAUGUACUGGACACGUAUAAGAAACUUAUUGACCGUAUACAACAGUUGAAAUCGAGCAGUUUGGCGUUACUUGAUAAACAAGCUAAUACUAUCCUGCAAGCAAAUGAAGGUAAAAAACAACCUCUUCUAAUUUUAAAAAAAAGAAAUCAAUCUUUACAUUGAAAAAAUAUCUAUUGAUUCCAACGAUCCCAGUGAUCUUGAAAAGGAAUUAAAUGAGACUGAAAAGAAAAUUCUUGAAAUCCUUCAUGUUAAGGAGACUGUGCUAGAAAGUUCAUUCAAACCAAAUGCUAAAUUAGAAAAUUCAAUUAUGCAGUCAGACAAUUUUCUGAGCUACGUGUCAUUAAUAGACCAAGAGCAUUAUGAUAUAAUCCCUGAUACUCCCCAGAAAGAGCCUAUAUAUUCGGAUGAAGUAUUGGAUGAUCAUAACGCCAAAGUAGCACAAAUCUCGGAUGAUUCACGACAAGAUAUGCCUGCACAGACAGAAAGCAGAAAGAGCACAACAUCAGACCAGAAGGAGCAAAGCAGCAAAGGACUCUUUGGUAUUUCCAAUUUUUUCUCCUCUGGAACAAAGAAAGCUAAAUCAACUGCAUUUGAAAAAGAUGUGAAAUGGAAAAAUGCUAAAAGAGAAGACGAGCCUCAAAAUGAACAUAAACUAUAUGAAACUAGCGCAGAUAAGUCCGGAUUAAACGCUUACAAAACAGUUGCUUGGCCGGAAGGUAUAGACCAAAAACAAUUCAUAAACAAAACCGUCAAAGUAUCAGAAUUAAAAAAAGAGAAUUUUUCCUCCGCUUUAAAGUUUUCUAAACUAGUAUACUUAGGUGAGGGCUGCAUUGGAUUGAUGUCAGAUAUCCACAACUCAGUACUUGUUGUUGGUUUAGACGGCCAUUAUUUUGACAAGGCAAUUUUAAAAGGAGGAAGGAUAUCAAUGUGUGGUUUGGGCAUAGGAGGAAUAGCUACAGUGAAGGACACUAGUCUUCAAAUUGACAAAUUCAAAGUGUGUACCAAUAAGUUGACGCUAGCUGGUAGCAUCAUUGCAGAUGAACAGUUUUGCAAUAUUACUGGAUUUGACUUUGAUGUUUGCUCGUCAAACUUUGCUGUAAGUACACCCGAAAAGGUGAUUAUUCUCGACAAAAGCGGAAAAAUAGUAAAAGCGAAGACAUACAACGCUGCAAAUGGUCAAAGCAAGAAUGAAUUAGUUACUAUAUAUAAUUUUGAAAAAGACUGUCUUUACAUUUUAAACACAUGCGACAAUUCUUUAAAGAUGUUUUCGUUUAAAAAGAAACGUACAAAAUGGAAAAGUAAGCUUGAGAACACCGGUGUGGCAAAAGGCAUGUGUCUUUACAAUGACAAACUAUGUAUAACUUGUGGAAGCGAUAUUGCUGUAAUCUCAGCAACUUCAGUUGACCAAAUAGACAAGCAUAAAACCAACUAUAUUUUGGAGGAUUGCCUUGGCGUAUGUGUCAUUGAUAAUGUGCUUGUAUUUUCUUCAGGCUCCGACAAUUUCGAAAUAUCAACAAAGCUAGCAUAUAUAUGCAUGUGAUUUUUAAUGCUUACGUUACAGGUCAUUUGAAAGUACUAAAACAAACAGACGAAAUGGUUUCAUCUUAAUAACAUUCCAACAAUUUUCGUCACACAAGUAUUUGAUCAAAGGCAAUUAAAGGAGCUAUUUUUUGGAGGAUUGUAUUCGAGCGUUUUUGUUAUUUUUAUUUUAUAUUCUGAUUACUUUUAGAUAUCAACAAUGUUUCAUAUAUAUGUGUGAUAUGUGCGUAUGUCAAAACGCUGAUUCGUCAUGCUUGCUUAACAUUUUUUAAAAAUCUAGAAGAGUUUGACAGUACCUCUUUUAGUGACACUUUUAUAAGAGUCACAUUCAUGUAUUUGUGUUAUGAACGGAGGUUUCAUAUUAAAAUGUUCGCGGUAUAAAUGAGGGUUAAUACAAAAGAAUUGGUACGCUAUGGAAAAACAAAUGAUCUGCAAGUUUAAAACAUAAAUGUUGGCAUCAAAUAUCAAGUGCAUGUAUUACUGUGUAUGUAUAUUUUAGCGGACAAUUCACAUCUUACCACUCUGCAACGUGAUGGUGCUAGGGGAUCUUAAAAUAUUUUCUAUUCUUUUUAUAU